UUUUUUUUAUUAUUCUUGCAUGUGUAGGAAAACUGUUACGUUUGGAAACUUCCUCUUUUUUUCUAAGAUUAGAGAUUCAGUCAUCAGGGUUAAAUAGAAUAAACUCCAAAUCUGUUGCUGAAGAACCGAUCGAAACCCACAUGAGAAAGUCCUGCCCAGUGAAUCAAAACAGCAGACAUAAAAAAACAUGGUUAAAUACAUCAUACAGAGUUUCUUUGUCAGAGAUUGGAUCUCCUGUAGUCAAAGCAACACCUCUGAGAGCACAAUUGUUAUGAAUCACUUCCUGUUAAUAAGAGCUGCUCUUCCACCAAUGUGUCAUUUUUUGUAGAUGUGAAACCUGUUGGUCACCUCAUCAAGCAGACCUCAAACAGGCAGAUCGAUGUUUGACACAAGUGUGUAACGUCAGUGAAGAGAAGAUGUGGAAUACUGUUUUAAUCGUCUCUCUCGUCUGCUUCUACGAGACUCGAGCUGCCGAUUCCUGUGAUGAUGUCAUCAGCUCCUGUCUUACUUACGGUCUCCCCUGGACCGGGUGUUAUGAGGACAGGAUUGCCACCUGUGAACGACCCAAAGGCCGUUUGGACAACCGCUUCAUUCGGAUGAAUGUGAACUCCUCUCAGGAGAUCGAAGCGGACCCCACGCCUCAGCACCGGAUUUACAUCCCAUCGUCGGCGCUCCAAAGAAUCAUGGGAGGAGCUGCGUCAGACGAGGUGCUGCUGGUGACCACUGUGAUCGAAAGCACUUACUUUAAGGUGAGUGAACCAAGAAGAAGUAAGAGCAGAGCAAUCAUGCCAACCCGCAUAGACGGCGAUGUCAUGGGGGGGUUCGUGUUGGUGGUGAGGGCAGGGAGACAGUCGGUCACAAACCUCCCACACCCCGUCAGAUUAACCUUCGUGCACAACAAACAGGUGGACGCUGGGACGUGUGUGUUCUGGUACGAGUCUGCACUCGGGAAUGGAACAGUGUAUUGGAGCCCAGACGGCUGUGAAACCAACAACACUGGAAGUGAAACAAUCUGCAGCUGCAACCACAUGAGCUUCUUUGCCGUACUUGUGAACCCUGAACUCUCCGUGGAUAAACGCAGCGCUGAUAACUUGAGCUACAUCACCUACGUGGGAUCAGCUCUGUCCGUCUUCUUCACCACCAUCAGUCUGAUCGUUUACAUUUGUCAGCAGCGCCGGCGCCCUGAGAAGGCCAUCAGUGUGCACAUGCAGCUAACGGGAGCGCUGCUCUGCCUCCACCUCAGCUUCCUGCUGUGCUGCUUCUGGGUGUUGCAGCUGAAGGGCGAGGAGGAGGAGGAGGGCUGGGUCUGUGGUGGUCUGGGUUUGUUUUUACACUGGUCCCUGCUGGCCACCUUCACCUGGACCGCUCUGGAAGGAUUCCACCUGUACCUCCUGCUGGUCCGAGUGUUUAACAUCUACGUCAGGAGAUACCUGCUCAAACUCAGCGUGGUGGGAUGGGGACUUCCUACACUGACUGCAGUGGUUUGUGGGAUUUCCGGCGUCUAUGGUAAAUACAGACUGGAGCUGACGGAUGAAAACAAUCAUAAUUCAACAGCAGCCAUAUGCUGGAUUAGCAGUGAUUUCAAGCAGCGGCCUGUGGUCAGCUACAUCACCACCGUGGCCCUCCCGUGUCUGGUGAUCCUGUGUAACUCCUGCAUGCUGGGGCUGGUGGUGUUCAAGAUGUGGGGCCUGAGGAGGGGCCUGAGGCGGGGCGGUGAGAGGCAGAAGAUGGACAGAGAGAAGGGCUCCAGGUUGUGGAAGGACUGUGCCACGGUGCUCGGGCUCAGCUGGGUGCUGGGUCUACCGUGGGGGUUAGCGAGCACCACCUACGUCUCCCUGCCGGGGAUCUACGUGUUCACCAUACUCAACUCCCUGCAGGGUGUUUUUGUGUUCCUGUGGUCUGUCGCUUUGACCUGCAAGUCUCGAUCGGACAUCUCCUCAUCCAAAGACCCCUCCUCCUCCCAGAAAAUGAUGACAACAAGUUUUAAUAACUGAUUCUUCAUCUUCAUCUUCAUGUAUUAUCCAUCGCCUAUAUUAGGUGUUUACUGGAACCGCAAUAACUUAAUUCGUCUGUGCUUUAAAUAAAAUCAUUGUGAACAAUAAAAACCUUGUAUUGA